AUGAAGAGGCUCUCGGGCUCCAGGCACAAGAAGUUUUCGCAGGAAAAUGUUGACCACCUCUGCCAGGAGGUGCAGCGGAUGGAGGACUCCCAGCUGUUCUACCCCCUCGUCUUCGUGGAGGCCCUGCGAGAGCUGGCGGAGGUCCUCAUCUGGAGCGACAAGAACGCCGAGGCCGUCUUUGACAGCUUUCUGGAGCGACGCAUGAUGAGCACCUUCGAGCGCAUCGUGACGAACGCGGAAUUUCCCUCCGCGGUGAAGGUGCAGGCCAUACAAUGUAUCAUCAUGUUGCUGCAAAACCUCACGCGAAAGUCAUCGAUAUACUUUAUUUGCAGCAACAACCACCUGAACAGAAUUAUAUCAAUCUCCAUCGACGAAACCGACGACGAACUCCUCUCAAUUUACGUCUCCUUCCUAAAGUCUUUGGCGCUCCGCUUGAACGACGACACGGUGCAAUUUUUCUUCGAGCGAGAAACACGUGCCUUUCCGCUCUUUGACAGGGCGUCUAAGCUUCUUGCUGCGCCGGAUCGCAUGGUCCGCGCUGCGGCAAGGCAGGUUGUCAUUAGCGUCGCCCAGCUCCAUGAACAAGCCAUUACGCUCUUUCUUGAAGACGCGCUGCGUGAGGUAUUUAACGUGAUAUCGGCACUUUUGUGGUCGCAAAUACAAGACCUUGCAGAUGCAGUCGCGGAGUACGGCAAUGUAGAGUGUCACUGUGAUAAACCUUUGCGCCCCACAACGAUUUCUGCCCUUAGUGAUCGCUUAGAAGAUAUCGUGGAUGACUUGUUUUACAUUAACGACCUUUUUGCGGUGCCGCAUACUUUUGUUACCCCCUGCUUGGGGCGUGUCCUUAACGAAGUCGUCAUUCAACCGUUGUUGCGAAUGCUCGAGAAUCCGUUUCGUGGCGUUUGCUGUUUUGUCGCAACCUCGUCUUUUCGCACAUGCGUUUCCGCGUCGGUUUCGCUUUCUGUGCUCACGCGAUGGGUAUUGUUAAAUAAAGCGGAGCAGCUUCAGCGUGUGUUUAAAGAGGGGCUUUUAAAUGCCGCUGAUCCCCGGGGCACAGUGCUUGGGCGCUUGCUGAAGAGCCAGUGCGCCGAGGUCCUUUCGGGGGCUGUCUUGCUGCUGAAUGCCAUGGUCCUCUCUGGGCUCAUUGAAAGGGGGACGAAGGAGGGAGACGGUGGUCCCACCGCCGGCGGCAACGAGGAUGCCUUGCGGGAAGCGUCGGAAGAGGCGUGGGCGCCCGCGGUGACCGACAUUUUCCAUGGGGACUGGAGCAUCGAGCACCCAUGCAGCGAAACGCCUCCUCCACCACUUGAAGCAUGUCCAACGGUCUCGUGCGAGGCAUUUUUGCAGCGCACUUGCCAACACGUGCGGCAAAAGGGGAUGUGGUGGUGGUGCGAGGGCCUCGCGUCGGCUCUUUACCACUUUAUCACGCGCCCUGCUUGCACUCGCCUGUCCGUUUUUGAUGUGGCCCUCCGUGUUCUCAUGGACUUUGCGCAUGGUGGGCGCGAAAGUGCUUUUCUGUUAAACGAGCUCUUGCGCCUUUGCCUGUCUGUCGUUGUGCGUCGGGCGGUGGCCUGCGCUGAGCCCUUGGCGUUGCGAAAAAAUGCCACUGCCAGUCCUGCGUCGGUGUCGGCUGCUGCUGCUGCUGCCUGCACUACAACUGCGACUACUGGUGCUACAUCCACUGUUACCGCAGCCAAGACGAAGGACAACGACAAGGGCAGCGGUCGGUGGCUGCGGUCGCCCUACGAACUGCUCUUUCUCAAACUGGAGCAUGCGGCUAGGGAAUUUGACCCGUCGGUGGAGAAGCAGCGCGCCAGUUUAAGUAAGGAGGCGAGUCUCUUGCUGCCACUUUUCCCCGGGCUUGAGUUUAUUAAAACUGAAAGGGCGAAGGAAACCGAUGACAGCCCAGUGGCCAGCUGGGAGGUUGUGCCUCACCACGCCCAAGAGUACGUCGCGAUGCAAACGAGCAUUGCGGCGGUGGUUCCACAUCGGCUUCGUGCCGCUUUGGACCAUUUGGAGGAGGAGCAUAGUGAGCUUUGGAUGUGGUUAACUGUUCGCCAUUACGCCCACCGCAUGUUUGGUGAGGAAGAUGGUUUUCGGCGUGCACUCCGCGGUUAUGGUGUUCGCCACCAUGUGGGAACAACUGUGCGUCUCCCACAGCAUGAGCAGGUGUGGUUUCGCUGCGAAUUUGUGAAGGGUCGCCUUCUGUUCAGCGCGUCAUCGCCAAAAGUGGCUGCGGGCACACCGAUGUACAUGCUUUUGUUGGACAAAGAGGUUCUUUUUCUUGAUGCGGGCGACGCGCUGCUGUCUAUGUAUCGUGGGGCCCCUCUCCAUGUUAUCUUUGCCCUGCAGCUGAUAUACGUGCAGGCGCUGGUGUCGCAGCCUCCGUUUAGCGUCAUAGUUUCCCAUGUGCACCCUGUCUCACCCCUUCAGCUCCACGUUGUGUUUCGGCACCGAGGAGAAGCAGCGGCCGCCGCAAGCAUGCUGACGGAGCUUUCUUCUUUGUGCCGCUCUAGCGGAGCUGCACUCGUCGGUCGUGCACUCCACCAAGAUGGAUAUCUGCCUCUGACGGACACAAAGGUUUCGGACUCAGAGAUAAAUUUCUCUGCCAGUUUGAAACAAAGUUGA